AAAUCUAUUUUCGUUUCAGCGGAGCCAGUACAUUAAAUCGGCUCCACAGCCCUCGGACCUGUUUUUCGUCGUCUUGCACUGAAAUUCGGCAUUCGUCACCACUCGCCCCUUUCCGUUAUCUGCAAGAAGGCACGAGUUGGUCACGAAUGUGAAAUUCGGGUCAUGUUUACUGGGAUGUGUCACGUGUGAACAUAUGGAACUGACGGAUGAAUGAUCUGGAUUGGCCCUGUAUAUACCUGUCGGUCCAAGCUAGUGCUCCUUGAAUAAUCUCAAUGUAUAAAGACCCAAAAGAUAUAUCAUGGCAUCAGAUGCAAUGGCGGUUCUAUUAGACACCAGCAAGAGUGAGCCAGAAAGAAGAAAAGAGAAAUUUGUACUGGUUCAUGAUGAAAAGUUUGAUAUCUCAGACGAUCAGCUUUUGUCUUGUGACCAGUGUGAUCAACAGUUUGUCUCUGAUGUGCUUUUCCAGAAGCAUCAAGCCAACCACCAGUUGAUGCAGUCAUCAUUUACAUGUCAGAGCUGUCACCGUGAGACUUCCUCUGAAAGUGACCUCCAGCAGCAUGUGAAGACACAUUUGGGGGAGAUGCCGUAUGUGUGCGAAAUGUGUGGUAAAGGUUUCGAAAGAAGAUACUCCUACCGGUGUCACUACAGAACACACACUGGAGAGAAGCCUUACACGUGUGAAAUUUGUGGUAAGCAGUUUGCAUUCUCUUCAGGACUUCGAUACCAUGAAAGAACACACAGUGGAAAGAAUUGUGGCAUCAGAGUUGGAGGAAAGAGUCCUGAAGAAGCAAACAGAGUGAAGGAUUGUGAUGGCGAGAUAUUGACUGACAUUCACCCACUUCCAGGUUUCGUGAAUCUGAAGUCUAAAAGCAAAUCUCCACAAGACUCCACAGCCAAAUCUCAGGGUAAAAGUCCAGGGAAGAGCAAUGCAAGUACAGAUGUUUCUGUGACAAGGAUAGAGAAGAAACAGACACCUCUAUCUUACAGUGAGGACACCGAAUGCAUGAUUUGUGGAAAGAGAUUUCAGUACCUGUUCAUUCUAGAGAGUCACCUGAGAGCUCAUAGUGCUGAAGAGAUUGAUCAUACCAUAAAGAUGUUCCAUUGUUCUAAUGAUGAGGACAGUUUGGAAAUAUCUGCAUCUUGGAAGCCAUAUGCUUGUGAGGAGUGUGGAUAUGAAUGCUGCACAUCAUAUGAGUUAAGGACUCACACGCUAUCACAUUCAACAGAGACACCUCACAAGACUUUCAGUUCAGGGUCUGAGCUCGAGACUCACUUCAAGGAACAUUCAAGUAUGCUUGGACCUAUUGAAUUCACAUGUCCAAUUUGUGCAAGAACCUUCAAAAAAAAAUACAACUGGCAGAUCCACAUGAAGACCCAUACAGGGGAACGUGACUAUUUCUGUCAUUUUUGUUCAAGGACCUUCUGGAGAAAGUACAACUGGAAGAUCCACAUGAAGACACAUACAGGGGAACGUGCCUAUUCAUGUCAUUACUGCCCAAAGAGCUUCAUCACCAGCAGUAGGCUCAAGUUUCACAUGAAAAGCAAACACUCAAAUGUGAGACUGUACAAAGUGAACACGGCAGUCAGUGGUAAUCUGAGGAAUAGAAUGCAGAAUUCAGAUGUACGUGUUGCUGGUAUUGAUGAUGCUUCUGAUAAUGGAGAUGAUGAAGUUCUCCCCAGAAGACCAAGUAAGUUAUCUCAGGAACCUCGCAGGAACUGUACUGAAGCAGCGAUUAAGACAAAAAAGAAACAUGGUGACCCAGAUACAAUUCUUGCGAUGCAGACUCUAACAGAGGCAGAGCAGCCUGAUGGAGGGUCAGAGACUGCGGACCUGUGUGAUGCGAUUGCUGAACCAAUGAAGAAGAGUAGCUACGUGUCACCUUUCAUGCGACCUUCGGGUAAGGGCAGUAUAGAGAGUGUUCCCCCAAGUAGUUCUGAAAAGGAGAUAACUGAGCCAUACACAGCUAAUGUGCAAGACACACCCGAAAGUGAUGGCACGUUAGGUCAGAGAAGGAACAGAAAUAAUCCUAAACCAAGCUCUCAUGGAAUUAAGGUCAUGACAAAAACAACUGAAAAGGCUAAACCUGUAGAGUCUGGCUCCAAAGCUGAUGAUGACAUUGUGAUUUCAUUAGAUAGUGUUAGUUCUGGACAAAUUCCAGACGAUGUUCCAGCAAAGGAAGACAACGAGAUCUGUGAUGCCUUUGAUAGCAAGAUGAACAGCUCCACCGUGAAGGAGGAACAGAUGUUGGAUAGCAGAUCCAGGGAUGAAAAUAUGAUGGAUAUAAUAAUGAAUAUGAUAGAUGAUAAUGGAAUGUAUUACUCAUGUAGAAUUUGUAGUUUCAAAUUUGCCACUCAGGAGACAUUGAGAAAACAUGAAAACCUUCAUCCCAAAGAGACUCCAUUUGAGUGUAUAGAAUGUGGCCUUGGAUUCAUGUACGCAACUGACUUACAAGUACAUCGUCUAGUUCACAAGAGUAAGAAUCCAUAUGAGUGUCUGUAUUGUGGCAAGUGUUUUGAGAAGUCAGAUAACUUAAAAUCACAUGUUCGGACACACACUAGUGAAAGUCAAUAUAAAUGCGAAAUCUGUGAUCGGAGGUUCACAACAUCAAUUGGACUGAGAUGCCAUGAAAGAAACAGAAAAACAGAAAACUGCUACCGUUACCGUUACGAGCCCUAUUACCAAAAUUCUCAUAUCAUGACAUAUCCUACCAUGGAGAUAAGAGAAGAUAUUGCCAAAGAGGGGAAGAGCCAAAUAGAUUUGGCCACAGAAGGGAAGAGCCAAGAGGACAGUGCCAUGGAGGGGAAGAGCCAAGAGGAUAUUGCAAAGGAGGGGAAGAGCGAAGAGGAUAUUGCCAAGAGGAUAUUGCCACGAAGGGGAAGAGCCAAGAGGAAAUUGCCACGAAGGAGAAGAGCUAAGAGAAUAUUGCCAAGGAGGAUAUGAACCAAGCCUGAAGCUGUGACUGCUGCUGUCUGUCCGAAGCUUUUGUCUCAG